AUGCAGCAGUGGCCGAAGCCGGCCAAGCGGGACGACAAGGGGCCAGCCUGCCGCAUACGCUGUCGGUUCUUCUCGACGUGGGGCAGGACAGGGCCGCAGUGCAGCUGGGACGGGGGCGUGCGAGAGAGGUCUCAGGCCGAGCCCACGGAGGCGGCCGCGGCGAAGCUGCCCGCCAAGGUCGCCAAGCGGACCGCCGCCCGCAGCGCCGCCGGCACCGAGGCGGCCGGCAAGAAGAAAAAGAAAAAGGACAAGAAGGCCAAGAAGGAGAGGAAGGACAAGAAGGACAAGAAGGGCAAGAGGGACAAGAAGGACAAGAAGGAGAAGCGCGCUCGAGGCCCCGAGGAGGCCGCCAAGAAGGCGAAGCUCGCGGACACCGCACACGCCACCACCGACUCGAAGGGGCUGCUGGUCCGCACCCACGGCAAGCACUCCUCCAGGUACCUGGGCGUCAGCUUGAACCGGAGCACGGGCAAGUGGCAGGCGACGCUCGUGCAGCCCUCGGGCUCGAGGGAAGACCUCGGCCAGUUCGGCACGGAGGACCGAGGAGGCGGCGAGGGUCUACACGAACGCCGUGCGGACGCAGGAGGUGCUCCUCGCGAAGCCCGCCGGCGCCGCCUCCGCCUCGCAGGCGCCGGCCGCGACGGCGCCCGCAACGUCGGCGCCGGAGAGCGGCGCCUCGGGCUCGGG